AUGACUGUAACUUGCACUUCUCCGGGAUGGUCAAGAGUACGCAAGGUCGAUGUUGAUGGUGCCCAGUUUGCUUGAAGAGUGGGCUGAAUCUCUAUAGAGGUUGUCAUGGAACGGAAAUUAGUGUUCAGGGUUGUUAUCGAUGCUGUCUGCAUUCUAAUAGUUGUCCUACCAAGCUUGAUUUUGUUUGUAUUGGGGAAAUCAUUCCAAAGAGGGUUAUACUGUGAUGACGAGAGCAUUAAGCACCCCUACAAGACUAACACAAUCCCUACAUGGGCAGCCUCAUUUGUUGGCUUAUCACUCCCUGUUUUGUUUGUAAUUGUCAUAGAAGCUUCCAGAUUUUCAGUCUCCAAAAGAAAUUUCCUUGAUGUGACCAAAAGAAAGUUUGUGAUCUCGGUGUACAGAACGUUGAGUUCCUUUUUUUAUGGGGCAGCUAUAACCCAACUAUUAACUGACAUAGCUAAGUACAGUAUAGGGCGACUGAGGCCUCAUUUCUACACUGUGUGUAAACCUAAUAUCCAGAACUGUACUUGGAACACUGGCUACAUCGAAGACUUUUCAUGCACAGGGACAGAUUUGGAAGCUAUCAACGAAGCAAGAUUGUCUUUUCCGUCUGGCCACAGUUCCAUUACAAUGUAUUGCAUGUUCUUUGUUGUUAUGUACCUACAGAACAGAAUGCGGUGGAGGAAAUGCUGGCUGUUGAGGCCAGUGAUACAGAUCCUUGUGUUUAUCAUAGCCUACUACACCUCCAUCUCCAGGAUCUCUGACUACAUGCACCACUGGAGUGACGUCCUGGGCGGAUCUGUCCUUGGAAUCUCUGUAGCCAUUCUAGUGAUCUUCUUUGUGUCUGACGUGAUGUCAGAUGUUGCCUGCUGUCAGAGCGGCAGUAUCAAUAAUCCCAGCAUUCCCCUGUACACAACACACUCUGAAGAGGACCGCAUAAGUGUAAAGCAUUCAAAUGAUUCACACUUAUCUCCUGGGGGUACAAGCCAUGCUGCUUCCUCCCAACCUUGACCAUAUUCACCUUUUGGUGUUUGUUGCACACUUGGCUGUUAAUUACAAAGUGCUUUGUUAAUACAUUUGCUUUUUAUAGCCUUUCUUCUGAUUGAUAUAUAUGUAUUCAUGUAUUUAUUAAUUCAUCAAUAUUUUCCUUUGUAUACACAUUUAUUAAUUAUAUUAUUUUUUUUUUAAACUUCUUUCAUAUUUUUCUGUGACAUACAGCUAACAAUUUGAUUCAAUAAUUCUUUAUCUUUCAAGAAAUGCUUGUUCUUCCAGCACAUUUUAUUUGUGUGAACUUAACAUGGAUCUGUUUUAAUUCAUGGGUUUCCUAAAAUUUCUCACAAGUUGUUGGGGGUUCCUUAGAUAUCUUAAAAGUUUAUUUAGAGAGACUAUUUACCUAAAUAGAAGUGACAAUAGUGGAAAAUAGCAAUUUUAUUGUGAAAGCCAAGUUCAAAUUUUCUGUGUAAAUGAUUUUAAUCAAAUUGAUUUUAAAGCACAGAUAUAAGGCCAUCAAUCUGAUAGAAGUUCACUUGAAUGACUUGGUUAAGUAUUAAGGUGGAAUAACACACCUGGAAAAAGUCACUCAAAUUAACAGGAAAUGUUUUGAUAAUGAAAGAUAUAAUGAUAAAUAAACUGUACAAAUGUCAAAUAAGCGAAAUAUUUGUAGUUUGGGGAUAAAAAAUGAAUAUCUAAAAUAAUUAUUCAAGUAAGUAACAACAAAAGCCCCUGCGGGAUUCGAAUUCGGGAUGUACGGAUCACAAGUCCGACACUUUAUCCACUCGACUAUGGGGUAAGUUACAAGUUUCAGUCCUUAAAAUUCUUUUAAUAAAAUGAAAUGUAGUUUCGAUCAGCUGUCAGCCAUUUUGUGAUGUUGUGUUAUUCCACCUUAAUAGUAAUAUUCUACAAAAGAAAGGAAAUUUUGCACGAUAUAUAUAUGUAAAAUUAAAGUACAGAUAUACCUUUUGAGCGUAUAAAUCUUUACAUGUUAUAAGUUAAUUAUAAAUUUAUUUAAUGUCAAUUUUAUCUUGAUAUUUACAUUUCUGACAUAAUUUUGGCUACUAGCUGGUAUAUUCUGUUUAUUUUGAUGUAUGAUCUUCUUUCAGCCUCUUAAAAAAAAAUUUGCAACAUGAAGAACAGCUCAAAUUAAAGCAUGCAUUCAUUGUAAGUUAUUUAGAUAUCAUCAAAAUUUUGACAUACCAGUACCGGGUACAUAAUUUUUUUGAAUCCCAACUAUAUUAUUACUGUACAUACAGGCCAGGGACACCUAAUUUGUAAAUACUGGUAGCUUUACUGAAAAUUUCAUUUCACUAUAAAAUAUCAUGUACAGUCAAACUUAGUUAUCUUGAACCAGAUGGGACUGUUUAAAAACUUCGAUAUAUCCGAGUAUUCAGGAUAUCAAGGGAAAAAUACUUAAAAAAUAAGACGUUGGGACUUGCAAAUCACUUUGAUGUAUUCAUUGUAUUCGACAUAUCGAAGUUCAACUUUACUACAUUUGAUUUUCAGUACCAGUAUAUGUAAACAAAUGAAUUUUUCCCAAAUGGUCCAAGAGAUUUCUAGAUUUUCACACUACUACAGUUUUUAGUGGUCUUGUUUUUUUUUUUUUAUAGUUGGUGUUUAAUAUUCAUAAAACAUUUUCUUUGCUCUAUUUAAUACAAUAACAUGUAUAUAGCCAUGUUUAAUAGUAGGAUAUCUCUACAUAUCCAUUAGUUUAGGUUUUUAUUUAUUCUUUCAUCUUAUAUCUUUUUUUGUUUGAUAUAUGUGUACAUGCCUUUACCCAAUAUCUGUUUGAUCAGCGAAUGCAUACCUUAAAUUUCUAUAAUCUGUAAUUUUUCACAGAAUAUUAAUCUUUACUAUGUUGGUUUAUGUGUGGAAUAUUUUGUAGAAACAAUGGUUAGAAUUUAUAUGUGAUUGAGGAGGAGGGGGAUUGAUCAGUAAAUAAAUAGUGCAUGCUUUUCUUUUCUAGCUGCCUGAUAACUCUCCAGACUAUAGUGGUAUUCUACAAGAACAUUGACUUUUGUCAAUAAAAAUUGUUGAAAUAUUUAA